AUGGACCAAUGGUCCUUUGACUUCCUUCCUUCGGGGAUGCUUCGAAACAUCCCGGACAAGGUAGAUCAGCCUCUCCUCAAGAAGAUUGUCGACGCUUCAUCUUUCGGCAAGUACGACUUCAUGUACUUGCGCAUUGACUUUGCAAAUGAUUGCAACUCCGACAACCUCCACAUUGUCAUCGCUAAAGUUUGA